AUGCCGUUCUUUCAUCAACCCAAGCCCCGGUGGCUGACAAUCGCAUCCGCGGUUCUCCUCGGAGCAAGCUGUGUCACUGACGCCUAUGUGAUUCCCCGCCAAAUCAACUCAUCUCAGUUGCUGAACAGCUACGAUUAUGUCAUUGUCGGUGGCGGAACUGCAGGCUUGACUGUCGCAGACCGUCUGACAGAGGACCCUGAGACCAAAGUCUUGGUUCUCGAGGCUGCAGACUGGGGCAACAUGUCCGAGAACCUCAAGGUUUCCUUCCUCACUCGAACUGGAGCUUUUACCGACCUCCUUUGGCCCGGACUCCAGUCUGUACCCCAGCCCGGUCUGAACGGAAGGACAGGCAAUGGAACUGCCGACUGGAGCUGGGACGGUAUCUUGCCAUACUUCAAGAAGGGCCUUCACUUCACUGAGCCGCCUCCCGAGCUGACCGACAACUUUGACAGCGUCAAGUUUGACGCAUCCUACUGGCGAGACUCAUCAGAGAUCUAUGCCGGAUGGCCGCGGUUCUACUACCCUGGUGUUAAGCCUCUAGUUGAGGCCUUCAAGGAGAUCGAUGGAGUCGAGUUCCCGGCUGACAGCGGUGCCGGAAAGCCCGGUGUCUUCUGGUUCCCCACGCUCAUGGAUCCCCGUACCGUCACCCGUUCCUACGCUGGCACCGGCCGCUAUCUGAACGUCAAUGCCACUCGUCCUAACUACCAUCUUUUGCUCAACACCCAGGCCCGCAAGUUGAUUCUUGACGACCAGCUAUCCGUUACCGGAGUUGAGUUCCCGUCCGGAAACAACAGCUUUGUCACUGCCACUGCAAAGAAGGAGGUCCUCCUCGCUGCUGGCGCCAUCCACACUCCUCAGCUGCUGCAGCUUAGCGGCAUUGGUCCUAAGAGCCUUCUCGAAGCUGGUGGCAUAGAUGUCCUUGUCGAUCUCCCUGGCGUCGGCCAGAACUUCCAAGACCACAGCAGUCUCUCUACCAUGAACAUUACUCUCUCUAAGCUUACUGAGAUCCACCCCAACCCGAAUGACUUAGUUGAGGGCAAUGACUUUAAGACUUGGGCCGACGAGGUGUGGGCAGCCAAUAAGACCGGCCCUUAUUCAAUUGCACUGACUAACUUGGCCGGCUGGCUCCCUUUCACCGCCGUGUCCGACCGGGCUGAGGAGCUCGCUACCAAGUUGGAGCAACAAGACUAUGCCAGUCUCCUGCCGACGGAUGCUGCGUCCACAGUCGUCGCUGGCUUCGAGGCGCAGAUGAAGAUCCUGGCCGCUCAGAUGCGAUCCAAGGACACGGCAUUCACCCGCAUGCAGCUCAUUGCAGACCAUGGAUCUCAGGGCCCUGUCGCAAUGCAGUCCUUCAGCCGUGGCACCAUCAACAUUAACACGACCGACCCGUGGAACACUGAGCCUGUGAUUGACUAUCGCGCCCUGUCCAACCCUCUCGAGGCCGAUUUCUUCGUCGAGUCGAUCAAGUUCCUUCGCCGCUACAACUUCAACACCUCCCUGGCCACGCAAUUUGAUCCGGUCGAGUACGCCCCCGGUCCUGAUGUCACGUCGGACGAGGAUCUCAAGGCUUACAUUGCCGGCGCCAUGUCACCAACUGACUACCACCCCGUGGGUACCGCAUCCAUGAUGCCACUCAACCUGGGCGGUGUUGUCGACCAGACAUUGCGGGUAUACGGAGUGAAAAACCUGAGAGUCGUUGAUGCUAGUGUCAUGCCCAUGGUUCCCAGCGCCAACACCUGCCAGCCUACUUAUGCUCUUGCCGAGAAGGCAGCGGAAAUCAUCAAGCAGGGCGUCUGA